CCCCUCGGCCCGGCUUGAAGGCGCCGCGGCGGCUGAUGAGAGAAUCAAGUAGCGACGUGCUGGGCUGAUCCCCGCGGCGGCUGCGCUCCUGCUGCCGCCUCUCCCGCGCGGAGAGAAUGUUGUGGGGAAACAGUGUCAAAGGCCUUCUUAAAGUCCAGGAAGACAACAUCCAUCCCAAUGCCCUCGUCCAGGGACUUUGUGACGUGAUCAUAAAAAGAAACCAGGAUACGCAGGUUAGCAGGAUGGAAGAUUUCUAAUUGAAGAAAAAGAAGAGAAGGAGAUAUGCAGAGCAACAUGGAGACUCCGCUUUUUGAUGGGGAAUCUGAUAGAACUUCACAUCCUGGUGAAAUCAGAGACUCCCAUGGACCAUCAACUGUUGUAACAAACAGCGAUGAAUCACAUAUUCUGACUCCAGGAAAGAUGAGCCAACGCCAAGGGAAGGAAGCCUAUCUCACUCCAACCAAAGAGCUACUCCAGCCAUCGCUCAGUCCAGGAGCCGUCCACAGCCAUGGUUUUGACAAAGGGAAGGAUGACGGGUCACAAAGUAAAGAAGAUUCAGUGCAUUCUAUGUCAAAAAGCAAGUCUGAAUCCAAGCUUUACAAUGGCUCGGAGAAAGACAUCUCCUCAGCUUCAAGUAAGCUCACAAAAAAAGAGUCUCUUAAGGUUCAAAAGAAAAAUUACAGAGAAGAAAAGAAGAGAGCCACGAAAGAAUUACUUAGUACAAUCACAGACCCAUCAGUUAUUGUUAUGGCUGAUUGGCUGAAGAUUCGUGGCACCUUGAAAAGUUGGACCAAAUUGUGGUGUGUGUUGAAACCAGGAGUACUACUUAUUUACAAAACCCCCAAAAAUGGCCAGUGGGUAGGAACAGUGCUCCUGAAUGCUUGUGAGCUCAUUGAGCGGCCUUCCAAGAAAGAUGGCUUUUGCUUUAAACUCUUCCAUCCCUUGGAGCAGUCCAUAUGGGCUGUUAAGGGUCCUAAAGGUGAAGCAGUUGGGUCAAUAACUCAACCAUUACCCAGCAGUUACUUGAUCAUCCGAGCAGCUUCAGAAUCUGAUGGCAGGUGUUGGAUGGAUGCGUUGGAACUGGCUUUAAAAUGUUCAGGCCUACUUAAACGUACAAUGAUUAGGGAAGGUAAAGAACAUGACUUGAAUGUUCCAGCAGAAAAUACACAUGUAUCUUUCUAUGGAUUGCUGCGUGCUAACAACUUGCACAGUGCAGAAAACUUCCCACUAAAUGACAGUGAAAUUGAAAGGCAGCAUUUUAAGGAUCAAGACCUGUACUCUGACAAAUCUGAUAAAGAGAAUGAUCAUGAUCAUGAUGAGUCUGAUAAUGAUGGGCUGGGGAAAAGUGAAGAGAGUGACAGUGACACGUCAGAACGGCAAGAUGACUCUUACAUUGAUCCGGAACCUAUUGAUGAUCUCAAAGAAACUACGUAUUUGGAAGAAGCUCAUGAAGAACUUGGAGAGGCAGGGGAGGCUUCUCAAACAGAAGUAGUAUCAGAGGAAAACAAAAGCCUGAUCUGGACACUGUUGAAACAAGUUCGUCCAGGAAUGGACCUGUCCAAAGUUGUACUGCCUACGUUUAUCUUGGAACCACGCUCUUUCCUGGACAAACUCUCUGACUACUACUAUCAUGCGGAUUUCUUGUCUGAGGCAGCUCUUGAAGAGAAUGCUUACAAUCGUUUGAAGAAAGUAGUAAAAUGGUAUUUGUCGGGAUUCUACAAAAAACCACAGGGGCUAAAAAAACCGUAUAAUCCUAUACUCGGUGAGACUUUCCGCUGCAUGUGGAUUCAUCCAAGGACCAACAGCAAAACUUUUUACAUUGCUGAACAGGUGUCUCAUCACCCCCCAGUAUCUGCUUUCUAUGUUAGCAACCGGAAGGAUGGGUUUUGUCUCAGUGGUAGCAUUCUGGCCAAAUCCAAGUUCUAUGGAAAUUCAUUGUCUGCCAUACUGGAAGGAGAAGGUCGGUUAAUGUUCCUAAAUAGAGGGGAGGAUUAUGUAAUGACCAUGCCAUAUGCUCAUUGUAAAGAUGAGCUCUGCUUUUCUGCAGGAAUUCUUUAUGGCACAAUGACUUUAGAGCUUGGGGGAACUGUCAACAUUACAUGCGAGAAGACUGGAUAUAGUGCAACAAUUGAAUUCAGAUUAAAGCCGUUUUUGGGCAACAGUGAUAGUGUUAAUCAAAUAUCAGGGAAAAUUAAACUGGGCAAAGAAGUUCUGGCUAUUCUGGAGGGUCAUUGGGAUAGCGAAGUUUUCAUCAGUGACAAAAAGACAGAAGUUUCAGAGACCUUUUGGAAUCCAACAGAUGAGAUCAGACAGCGCAGAUUAACAAGAUACACUGUGAAGUUUGAGGAGCAAAAUGACUUUGAGUCAGAAAAACUUUGGCAACAAGUGACUCGAGCUAUAAACAACAAAGACCAAACAGAAGCUACUCAAGAGAAAUAUGUUCUGGAGGAAGCUCAGAGAAGGGCUGCCAAAGAAAGAAAACUUAAGGGUGAAGAAUGGAUCUGCAAACUGUUUGAACAAGAUUUAGUUGCAGGGGAGUGGCAUUACAGAUAUGCAGAUACCAGACCAUGGGAUCUACUGAAUGAUAUGAUACAGUUUGAAAAAGAUGGCGCCAUCCAAACAAAAGUUCGACAUAGGACCCCAAUGGUUAGUGUUCCAAAAAUAAAGCGAAAGCUAGCCAGUCAGCAAAAGAAAGGGGAGUGUGGUUUCUCCUCUCCAGAACCAGAUAAUCAAGACUCCUCUGGAAGUGAAGCUCAACUACUAAAGCAUAAUACAAGAAUCAGAAAGAAGGGGACAGAUCUGGGUGAACUACAGAGUGCCAUUGAAUCUAUAAAGGAAACGCAAGAAGACAUUAAGAGGGACAUCAUGGCUCUACGAAAUCGUGUUACUUCAAAUUUACCACCCUUGGACAACAACUUUCUGCAGCUUAAGCACUAUGUCUUCAUUUUACUCCUGGUUCUGCUACAGUUUAUUGUUAACUUCUUGUUCAAAUAAGAAAAUCUUAAGAGACUCUGAACUGGAAUGAUCAAGCCCUUGCUGGGACCAUAUUUUAAGUUGGUUUGGACUUUAAGUUUGCAAUAUUAUCUAAAAGAGCACUGUAGUAACAACUUAAAGAAUUUUUGCCUCAAAUCUUUAUGCAUUCUUGGAUCAAGAUCAUAUUCCUGCCUACCCAGUUGGUGAGAAACAUGUAAGUGCCAGUACUCUUGCUCCUUGUCUGCAUCACAUGCAUACAUGACACUAGCCUUGUGUUUUGUAGUAUAUUGUAGGCUACUGACUUUUUUAAAAAAAAUCAUCAUAAUGUUACUCAAAAAUCAGAGGUGUUUUUUUUUUCCUUGCAGUGGGGACACCUAAUUCACACUGACAGUGAUAAUGAAAAAAUGAGAAAUGACAAGCCAUGUAACACUUCAAGUCACCAUUUUGUAACAAAAUACCACUUGUGUGUACUUAGACUUACUAUUUUCUUAAACUUGUGGAGGAAAAAAAAUCAUUUAUGCCCAAAUGAAAUGGAUGCAUUUCUUUAGGUACAAAAUUUUAAUUAGAUGGCUGUCAAUAUUCCACACACAUACUAUGUUAACAGCCCACCAACACUUGUAUUAUGAACUCCGUAUUUUGGGGUUUAUAUUUGAUGGCUACGUUUACUUAACUAACAAGCAUGAAUUAAGUUUGUGACUCUCUUACAGUAAGUUACAAGAGAUUACUUGCUGACUUCAAUUUUUUUUGUCUCGAGUUACAGAAACAGCUGGGAUGUGCAUUAAGUGUAAAGGGUUUGAUUUUAGUCUCUGAAAAGAAAAGAGAUUUGAGACGAAGUUAAGUCUUGCUGUUAAAUUUGCAUUUGCUUGUGUGCUGCUGAAUUUUGCAUGAUCCACAACAACACACCUCAGUUAAAUCCAAGAAGGUGAUGAAGUGCUAAACAUGGAUUAAAUUGCUCUUUGUUGCAGCAUAUACACUGCAUAAUCUUACAUGCUGAGGUGGAGGCCUUCCUUUCUUCCUUUCAUAAAUCAAUAAUAUGGAAGUAGGAUCCAGAUUUUGAACCUUGUAUGCUAGCAUGGUUUGUGCUUUAAUAGGCAUAAUUUUGUAUACAACUCAUGUCAGCAAAAGAAACUUAAAUAAUCUUUAAGUGUCUGAAAACAUGAGAUCUUUGCUCUUCCCCUGGACCCUGUGUACUAGGUAAGAGAUCAGAGUGACAUAAAGGUUCCCUAAGAGCCUAUUCCAAGGAACACAGCUACCCUGGGGAAGAUGCUCAUCAUCUUCCCAUGACCUCCUUUACAGUCAAGGCACAGAGGACAUGCUGGAGAUAGGAAUGGACAUCACAAAACUUAUAGGACUGUGGAGAUCUUGGGCAGUGCUACAGCCAGUGGGUCGUUCCUUGAAGGGUGCCACAAUUUAGGCAGGCCCUAAAAUUGUCUGGGCCAAUCCUGCCCCUAAAACAGCCUGGGAUUGGGAGUGGGAGGGAGGUGGUGUCAGGGUGGCUUAAUGCCAUUUUAGCCCCUCCCACCCACUAACCCCAUCCCACCUGAGUGGUGUAGCAGGGAACUCGCACAUCUCAUCCUUUGUGGACAAAAAACAUUUAAUUUAGACUUUUACCUUAUCUGCCUUGACUCUUCGUUUUCCUGUGUUCCUCUCAGACAUUCCCUACCUCCCAAUUCUGUUUACCUUCUCCCCUAUUUUUUUAGUCUCGCCUACGUGACAAACUUUUACUAUUUAUGCAUGUCAUAACCCAGUGAGUUUGGUGCCUCGGCACUAUGGAAUUUUCUUGACACACGAGAGCCUCUUGCACAGCGAGGGUUUUUGCUGCAUAAAGAACCCGCGUGCAGGAGAGAGUUCCUGCCACUUUGCAGCUGUCUUUGCAGGAUGCAUUCUCUUUGCAGCACAGAAAUGCACGGUGCAAAGAGUUCCCGCCAUUCGGAUGUAAAUUCGUGCCCCGCAAUUGGCUAGUGCUAAAUUAUUCACACUUGGUGGCCGGUAAUUGGCUUGCUGGCCGUUUAAAAACUAGCGCGACUUCCGCCCAAGUCGAAGAGCUUUGAGCACGCUGCAGAGUGCCUCUUAGAGAUCCAACUUGUGGCUAGCUGAUCGAUAGACUGAUCACCUAUCGAUCCUUCUUCCCGUCGCCGAACGCAGUCCCAGACGUACCCUUUUCCCACCGGCUUGAAUUACGGACGAGUUUACUGGCAUUGGCCUCGCCAGCUGGAGCAACUUACAUUGUUGUCCAGACGACUGAACUGUUUCCGUCGCAGCCACCCGCUACGUAAGUAAAGUUUUUUGCAACCAUUAAGCUUGUCAGCCUCUCUAUUCACCAGCCCACCCUGACGAACGGGUAAAUUCUGAAUCACCUCGAGUCAGUUCAGCCCGGCCGAGACAAUGCAUCCUGCCUGAACGUAGCUAUUUCCUGUCCUCCCCCCAUAUACCCCCUCUUGCACGCACACACAUUCACACUCUUAAAAUGUAGUUGGGUCUUGAAUCAUUUUCUAGAAAACAAUUCUGUCAACUUCUUCUGUAUAUUCUGUUAUGACCAAGCCUGAUUUUGGUUUCUACACAUGGUGGGUAAAAUCUGGGUAUAGAAAGUCCCUUAGCAUAAAAAGGGAGGUAGUCUAGCACAGUAAACCCAUAACAGACGGCAAAAGUGGAAGCAGUCAAAGUGCUAUAUAAAAUCAAGGGGUGGUCUAAAGAUGAGAACGUUGUAAUAUUUAUUUGGCAUUUAGUUGGCGUUGUCCAUACUCUUACUGCUGUCAUGAUAAAAAUAUCACAUUAGCUAGCAGUUGCUAGGGUUUUGCCUAGUAAAAAAAGUGUGUGCAUACUUUAUCCCAUCUUUGAGAAUCACUCAGUAGUGAACUUUGAGUUUUGCAUAUGUGUAGAAGCUGGAGCUAGGCAAAAUGACCUUAUUUACACUGAAGCUGAUUUUUUUUUUUUCUUCUGUAUAUUUGUAGCUGGUUACUUGAGGUGUAAACAUGCUUAAUUCCUGACCGAAAAGGCAAAGAAUAUUUCCUGAAAUUGUUAAUGAAAAACUAUAGGCAGCAGGUCCUCCUGACUCUAACUUAUUACUCAUGUAUUAAGAAGCACAUACAUUAAAUGUCUGGUGGUUCCUAUUUUGUUCUGAUAUUUGUAUGAAUUUCCCUUAGAUGAAAAGAAUGAAGGAAUUUACUGCCUAAUUUUUCUUUCUUUCUUUCUUUCUUUCUUUCUUUCUUUCUUUCUUAAGGCAGGCUGAUCUCAGGCCUAGCUUGUAAAGCCUUUUUCUUGAUAAAUAAUGUCAUAUCUAACCAUGAUGUAUAGUUGAUCUUGAAUAUUCUGCACAUAGUCAUAAAAAUGAUUGUACAGUUUGCAGUUGUCUGAGGGCAGCGGCCUCCUAAUUUUUAGCAUUUAAAGCAGAGCACUUGUUUUCUCGCUUAAUUACAAAUUCUAUUUUUAUUUCCCUUUGUAAAGGAAGUAGAAAAUAUUCAUAACUUAUGAUUUGUUUUCAUAUGGCGUUUUGGUUGUUUUUAAAAUGCACUUAAGUCUUUAAUUUUGCCAUUUAACUAGUUGCAUUCAGCUGACCUAAGAGUAAGCCUGUCAUGUUACAUGUAAUACGUGUAGUUCCAGCAAUAGAUACCAUAAUUAUUUCACAAGUUGCUUCCUUUUGAAUAGUUUGCAUCACUUAUAAGGGUACAGCAUGUUAUUUUCCAAAUUUAAAACUCCAAAAAUUAAUUCUCCAUGAUGUCCUAUGAAAGAGAGCAUUAAUGUUACAGUUCACUGCCCUCCUGUGCCUUUUGGGAAAUUCUCUUGCCAGUUUACUGUUAAUGAAACAGAACUUGGAUUCUAACAUAAUCUGUCUAGCAUAAUGUGAAAAAGUAGGGUUGGUUUUUUUUAAGAGGCUGUUAGUUCACUUCUUUCGUUCUGUAAAUACGUAGCAUGUUUAAUAAGAAUGCUGUACUUUUAUAAGAUUUUUAAUUCAUUAUUGUAUUUCAAAUAUAUCUUCAACUUGGAAAGCAUUGAAAAUAGAUCUGGUAUUUCUUGUGUAUUGUAAACAGUGCCUUCUUGAUGGAUUUCAUGCUGUUUUGAGGUAUAUAAAGAAGACUCGUUAAGUUUGUGCCAUAUGUACACUUGACCUAUUUGCAGGGGCUGUUAUAUAUCUGAAGAUGUACUUUCCCACUUAGUUGGAUUUUUUUUAAAUCCUUUAAAAAUAGAAUCCUUCCCCUUCUGUUUCGGUUUCCAAGAACUUUUUUCUGCUGAGUUAUAAAUAUCUGGUUUCUCUCUCUCUGUUCUGUACAAUGAAGCUGCAGUGCUUUGUGGUACCACAGAAAGAGCCAUAAAGAACCCCAUAGUAGCACAGAUUAUUCUGGCUUCAUUUCAUCUUUGACUACAUUAAUGCAGAAUUUGAAUGAGGUAGAGAAUUGAAGGGAGGUUGCCAACGUACAAAGGGAAACUAGACACCUACUUCUGUUUUGUUUUGUUUUUUUUUGUAAAAAGACAAAAGUGUUCUCUCUUCAAGCAUUUAUAUCUUUUAAUUAAUUGGCAGUUUUGAACAGUCUACAAAUCGGGUGUAACAGAUGCAACAGUCACUUAUCUGACGAAAUGGGAAAGGACGUCUUUCAAUUAUAUAGCCUGCCACUAUUUAUUUCUUCUUUUCCUUCUAGUUUCAUAACUUUAUGUAACACAGACUAGCUCAUUUUUAUUCACUUUAUUUAAUGUAUUGUUUGGAUUUUUGUACUGUUACACUUUAAAAAAAAAAAAAAUGAAAAUGGACUGUUACAGGUAAGCUGUUUAGGACCAGUGUCUCACCAUCCCACUCACUAUGUAAAGAGCCAGAAUUCAUGACCAAUUAUUUAUGGAGGAAAAAAAAAUUUGCUCCCUGUCCACGUUUUGUUCCCGUAUCUCCACUGGCGUGAGGUCAGCGUCCCACGCGCGCACAGGGUCUUUCGGGGAGCGACUGCAUGCGCUGGGGUAGCGCAGGGAGGGCCUGUCACUUCCUGGGACGGGGAUGUUGCGCCUGUUGCAUGCUUGGCUGUACAUCCAUGUUCAACUCUGUUACUUGUGAAUUAAAGCACUGCCACUGGUCA